AUGAGAAGAGAAGGCUUUUUGAUUACAUCAACAUAUACAGCACGUGGUAGAGACCCUUUUACAGACGCGGUUCGUAACUUUAAAGCACGUUCUUCUAUUAAUGAUGAUCCAGAUUUCUACAUACCUUAUUUUCGUCCACCUUCGCAUCCUUUACGAACCAGUGAUCCUGGAUAUGACGCUAAACGAAGAUAUAUAGAGACGAAAUUAGCUAAAUACAAGGAACCUAAGGAUCCAAGGACUGGAGAAGUAAAGGAAUCACAUGUCAAGAUAAAUAAGCUUUACAAAGUAGUUGAAGAAUUGGAGAAACGAUCUAAUGAGAUUAACGCUGAGAAGAAAAAGGAAGUACCAAAUAUGAACAAACUAGAUAAGAUGAUUAAGGAAUAUAGAGGAUUGGCGAAUACAUCGAGCGUUCUAAUAAAGGAAGUAGAAAACACGACAAAGCUGCAGAAAAUGAUUCAUGAUGAAUUACUGUUAGGUGAAUUUUCUAUAAAACAAAGACAGAGUAACUUAAUGGGUGAGGCUUAUUAUUUGGAGAAUUGGUAUAAUGAGAGGUUAAAACAAAUGUCGACUCCAACACCAACUCCUACACCUACUCCUACAGUAGCUCCAACACCAACUCCCACUCCUGAACCAACAGUAGCUCCAACGCCAACUCCUACAGUAGCUCCAACGCCAACUCUGACACCAACUGCUCACGCAGGUCCUCCACCAAUGUCGAGUAGUCAUGGUAUAACAUUAAAUAAACCAACACCUACACCAAAAAUAACUCCUGUAUCACAUCCUAGUACAACUAACCCAGUAUCUGAUUCAAAUCAAGCGGAAAGAUCACAGGUUCUUAAAAGAGCUAAUACACCAACUGCUUCCCCUAUUAGAACACCAGAGCCAACUCCAAGAAUCACAAAGGCGCCAACACCUUCACCGACUGUUGAACCAACUCCAGAACCAACA